CGCACAUGCCUCCCCUCCCCAGCCUGCGGCCCAGCUGACCCCGGGGCUGCGGGGUCCCCGCAGGCAGCGGACAGGGAAGGGUCAAAGGCCCCCGGCUCCCUGCCCCUGCCCUGGGGAACCCCUGCUUGUGGGGACAUGAACUGUGUUUGCCGCCUGGUCCUGGUGGUGCUGAGCCUCUGGCCAGAGAGAGCCGCUGCCCGUGGGCCGCCUCCUGGUCCCUCUCGAGCGUCUCCAGACCCUCGGGCCGAGCUGGACAGCGCGGUCCUGCUGACCCGCUCCCUGCUGGUGGACACGCGGCAGCUGGCCGCGCAGCUGAAAGACAAGUUCCCUGUGGACGGGGACCACAGCCUGGACUCCCUCCCCACUUUGGCCAUGAGUGCGGGCGCACUGGGAGCCCUGCAGCUGCCCGGGGUGCUCACACGGCUGCGGGCUGACCUGCUGUCCUACCUGCGGCACGUGCAGUGGCUGCGCCGGGCGGGUGGCCCUUCACUGAGGACCCUGGAGCCUGAGCUGGGCGCCCUGCAGGCCCGACUGGACCGGCUCCUGCGCCGGCUGCAGCUCCUGAUGUCCGGCCUGGCCCUGCCCCAGGUGCCCCCAGAGCCGCCGGCACCACCCCUGGCGCCCCCUGCCUCGGCCUGGGGAGGCAUCCGGGCAGCCCACGCCAUCCUAGGGGGGCUGCACCUCACCCUGGACUGGGCUGUGCGGGGGCUGCUGCUGCUGAAGACCCGGCUAUGACCCCGGCCCGCCGCCGCCGCCGCCGCCGCCGCCGCCGUCCUUGGAAGCCACGUCUUAUUUAUUUAUUUAUUUCAGUCCCGGGGCGCGACGGCCAGGGGACGCCCCUCAUCAUGCCCCUAGAUAGACAGAGCCGGGUGAGGGGCACCUGUGCCUUAUUUAUACUUAUUUAUUUAAGGACCAGGAAGGGGGCAGGGGACUGGAUCCCUGAGGAGGGCGUGGGGUCCCCAGUUCUGUAAGGUGCCUUUCCACCGUGUCCUCGGGGCUCCUUCGCUCCCCUCUGGGCCUGGGCAGGAGCACAUAUUGUUAUUUAUUAAACAAUUACUUUGUAAUGUUAGGGUGGGGAGGGAGGGGAAAGGAAGCCUGUGGCACAGCGGCGGGAUGGCACCUGUGCCCCUCACACCCCGUGAGCAGUCUCUGAGACCAGGGUCCCGGUGCCACCCGGCUGAGAGCUCUGGGGAGGCAGGGUCUGAGCCCCCCCUGACCUGGCACCUCACCGGUAGAAGGUACUGGAAGGUCUCCCUGCCACAGACGGCGCCUGCAGGGAGAAGCCUGAGCUGAAGA